CUAAACAUAGAGAUUGCCCGGCAAUUCCCGGUUUAGGAAGCCAAGGUCGCGGUUUAUUCACCGAGUUCUCCUUUCCCGUUUUUCCAAAAAUGGCUUCUCUCACUUUUCAAACUUUUAUCUCUCCUCCAUUUCUGUCUUCUCCUUCCUCUUUCACGAAGCUUCGUCAUCAACAUCUUCUUCCUUGCUCUUCAAUACGAGCAUCUUCAUCUUCGCAAUUGUCCCCUAAAGUUGUCGUUACCAGAGAACGUGGCAAGAAUGCCAAGCUCAUCAAUGCUUUGGAAAAAUAUGGCAUACACUGUCUGGAAUUUCCUCUUAUUGAACAUGCACAGGGCCCUGACUUAGACAAGCUUCCCUCAACAUUAAUUGACACUAAAUUUGACUGGAUCAUUAUCACUUCUCCCGAGGCAGGAUUAGUAUUUCUUGAUGCAUGGAGGGCUGCUGGAUCACCAAAUGUUAAAGUGGGAGUAGUUGGUGGUACAGCUACCGUGUUUGAGGAUGUGGUGCAGUCGUCAAAUUGCCUUGAAGUUGCAUUUGCACCAUCAAAAGCAACUGCUAAGGUUUUGGCAUCUGAACUUCCUAGGCAUGGAGAUGAAAAAUGCAGGGUCUUAUAUCCAGCAUCAGUAAAAGCUAGCAGUGAAAUUGAGGAUGGCCUUUCAUCUCGGGGAUUUGAUGUGACUAGGCUAAAUACCUAUACUACGGUAGCUGUUCAACAUGUUGAUCCUCUGCUAUUAGAAAAAGCCAUUGCUGCUCCUGUCAUUGCAGUUGCUUCCCCUUCUGCUGUUCGAGCUUGGGUGAAGUUUAUCCCUUCUGUGGGGAAGUGGAAUAAUGCAGUUGCUUGUAUUGGCGAGACAACUGGCUUGGCUGCAAAAAAUUUAGGCCUGGAAAAUAUCUACUAUCCUCUAAACCCUGGACUUGACGGAUGGGUUGAUAGCAUUAUUGAUGCCCUAAAGGCACAUGAUCAUAUCCACAAGGUAGUGCCAAGCUAAGGAGCCCUGCUAUAUAUCACGGCCAUUCUUAUCUAACAUCUUUCCAAGUUUCUUGCGAAUUUGCUACAUUAGAAGUAAAGAGCAGCCUUUACUCUGUCAUACAGUCAUACCUAGAUGAAAGCAUAUCUGGUUUCACUGGUUUGCCUCUGGCUGGGAAGUCAACUGAUGAAAUGGACAAGGCUUCCUGAUGGCUCGCCAGACUUGUUUUCUAUGUUACCUAGCACAAGAGGGCGGCGUGAUGUCAUUCAAGUUUUAGGCUUGUGCUAAAGGGCUUCUUCUCAAUCUUCACUUGUGAAUGCAUUCUACAUACCAAAAUGUACUAGUUAGUAAUUAUGUAUAGAAGUAGAAAAGGACUCACACUGCGUGGCUCAACUUGAAAUUGGUAAGUUUGUAUCAUAGUCAUUUCCCAAACUGAAAAUAUUCUACAAGUUACUAGUAAAUGUGAUUCAAACCAAAAAUUACGUAAGUGUCUUGUUUUGCGUAACAAAAAUGUAUUGAUUAGUGGGCAAUUAUUUUUUCUUGUAAAAACAAGGCAUUUACGUUAAUCUUUUUUGCCAA